AUGCCAGAUUCUACAAUUCCACUGCUAUGCGUCCUGGGGCUCCUCGCGCUCUCCUCUGCAUGCUACAUCCAGAACUGUCCGCGAGGCGGGAAGCGCUCUUUUCCUGAUCUGCAAAGACAGGUAAGUUAUUUUUCGAUGGAAAAAAUAUUGUUUUCGAAGGAAAGUUAUUCAGUUUUGUUCCCAAUAAUUUUAACAGUUGGUUUUAAUUUGGUUGUUCUGGAAGGUAGCGAGUGCUUUGUUGUUUUAAGAAAACUUUACGCCUAUUGGUGCAAAUAAUCCAUUGGUUUGAAAUUAAGUAGCCUAUUAAUUGUGUUCCGUUGUUCACGAAAAUAAAAUAAUUCUUACAGAUAAGCAUCAAAUCAGCUUAAUGUGAAUAGCCUACAAAUGAGCUCUGCCAGAGACAUUCAUUGCGCAAAAUGUAACCUAACGAUAUUUUUGGGCGACAUCGUCCUUCAUGUGACUUCUUGCUCAUGCUUGCGGUAUUGAAUCUUAUAUAAAAGUAGGCUAGAUAGCUUACUAUUAAUUUCAAAAACUGAAACACAGUAGGCUAAUCAGCGGUGUUGUUUCCCGAUAAGCUUUAGUCGUGCGUAAUUGCGCUUCAACACACAGCGAUUAACAAAGGAUCCUUACAUUUUCAGUGCAUGUCUUGUGGCCCCGGGGACAGGGGCCUCUGCUUUGGCCCCAGUAUCUGCUGUGGGGAAGGGAUGGGCUGCUACGUGGGCUCCCCAGAGGCAGCUAGUUGUGUGGAGGAGAACUACCUGCCCUCCCCCUGCCAGGCCGGAGGAAGAGUGUGUGGCUCUGAGGAGGGACACUGUGCUGCACCUGGGGUCUGCUGUGAUGCGGGUAAGACAGCCCUCUUGUUUUGUUAGCCCUAGCCUCUGUCUGUCUGCUGGACUUGAUAAAGACAGUAAAUGGAGAGGUGAGCUUGAAACCGAUGUGAUAUUAGUGAUUUUACUGGUUUUACUAGUAAGAGGUGACUUAUUGUGUAAAUACUUGAACCCAGAUCUUUUUGCCUAUAUACCAUUUUGCAUCAUCCACUAGUUGGUGAGGUAACACUUCAGUUCAUAGUAAUACAAAAAAAAUCCAUAUUGAUGUUUUGUCUACUAUAUGAUUAAGUUCUUUCUUAUUUCUACAGAGAGUUGUCUACUGGAUCCAGACUGCCUAGAGGACAGUAAACGUCAGCCACCUAGCGAGCAGAACAGUUCAUUGAUGGGAGGUUUGGCAGGAGACCUGCAGCAGUGGAUGCUGCAUGCCACCAGCAGAGAUAGACAUCAGUAA